AUGAGUACAAAGUCGAGAGUCACACUCUAUCCUUGGGAUCCCGAAUCAUCCGCCCACCGGCAUUGGCUUUACAAACAACGAGUUGAGUGUACUUGGGAUCAGGAGAAAGUCGAAACCAAAUGGAGGGAGCAGCAAAUAAAAGGCGAAAAGUGCUUGUAUUGGAUUAUUAUUGAACAGCUACAAGAUACAGCUGUAUACCUUAACGCCGUGCCCCGUAACCCGUCUCAGCAAGCCUUCGUCCCAAUUGGGCAUAUUUCUCUUGAUUCAAAGAACCCGGAAGUAGUUCAUUCAGGGAUUGAGAUUCCCUCCGAUGCUGUCUACUGGAUCAAGACAUUUUUCGUACAACAUCAUUUGCAAAGCAAAGGCAUUGGUCGUGCUGCGAUGGAUGAAGUGGAGGCCAUGGCUGUAAAUGAACCACUUUCAGCCAAGACCUUGAUGUUGGAUACUGUUGAGAAAGGGGAUCAAUUGCGAGAGGAAUUUGCGAAAGCUACAUACGGGGAUAUUCCGAAGGUUACCAAUCAAGAUUGGUAUUCUCGGCGAGGAUAUCAACCGAUUGGAAUAGUGCAAAACUAUUACGAUGUGAGGGACAGGUAUGGGAAGAAGUGGGAUACCAAGACUAUUUUUAUGAGGAAAGACAUCUGUUGA